AUGCAAGAGCUCGCAAAAAUAGCUUCUGCGAUCAGGUACCUGACCAUCGACGUCAUUGGCAUCUUAUCCGAUCAAGCUUCUGUGGGGUCGUUAGACUUACCUCCGAGACACUCCAUGAUGAUCCCGCGAUUCUUUCUGCGCGUACGAACGCUAUUGGCAGCCUUGAUACUCGCCAUCUUUCUCACCUGGACAACAUUGCGACAUUUCAAAGCCUACAUCCCCAAUCUCUCAUCUCCACAGCCCAUCACCGACCUGACACCCUCACAUCACCAAUUCUGGCGGAAAUUCCACGCCCUGCUAGAAAAGUAUGCGCCUGGCACAGAGCCUAUCAUCGAAUAUGAGAAGGCGUCUACAGAAGGCUUCAAUACCCACAAUCCACCGCCGCGCCCAGAUACCCUCUACGUCCCGGAGGAAGACAUCCCAAUAAUGAAAGAAGCGCAUGCUGGGUUCGUCAAUGCAAUCGCCAACUCCCCAACCGAGCUCCCUUACCUCCCCGCUACAAAAGGCAUAGUCUCAACAGCAGGAGGCUCCUACCUCCCAGUGCUAGUGAUAUCCCUCCGCAUGCUCCGCCGAACCGGCUCCACACUCCCGAUGGAAGUCUUCCUCUCCGACGAAGACGAGUACGAAGACUACAUAUGCGAUGUAGUUCUACCCUCACUCAACGCACGGUGCGUAGUUCUAUCCCGGAUCCUCAUUGCCGCCCCAGUCCGAAUCGAGAAAUACCAAUUCAAACCCUUUGCAAUGCUCUUUUCAUCCUUCGAAGAAAUCCUCUUCCUAGACGCAGACGCCUUCCCCCUCGAGAAACCAGAACAUCUCUUCACCACCGAGCCCUUCCUCUCGAAAGGAAUGGUCACCUGGCCCGAUUUCUGGGCUUCAUCUGUCUCCCCACUCUUCUACGACAUCGCAAACCACCGACCCCCACCAAUGGAUCUACGCCAAUCAACAGAAUCCGGCGAAGUCCUCCUCUCCAAAAGAUCCCAUCUCCGCUCCCUCCUCCUCACAACAUACUACAACUACCACGGCCCCACACACUACUACCCGCUGCUCUCACAGGGUGCCGCCGGAGAAGGCGACAAGGAAACCUUUGUCGCAGCCGCGACAGCUAUGCGCGAAUCCUUCCACCAAGUCAGCGAGUCCAUCUGCGCCCUCGGGCACGAAACCCGCAACGGCAUGGCCGGCUCCGCAAUGGCGCAGUUCGAUCCCGUCCAGGACUUCGUCCUAACCAGUCGUGGGAUAUGGCGUGUCAGAGGCGAUGAUGCACCCGCGCCGGCCGUCUUCUUCAUCCAUGCCAACUUCCCCAAGUUCAAUCCUGCGACUGUCUUUGAGAUCCAUGAGGUUACUCCUGCGUACACGGAUGAGGGCGAGUAUACGCGGGCUUGGACGUUGCCGGUUGAUGUUGUACGGGGGUUAAAUAGUAGGGUCGAUGUCGAGAAGGGGUUUUGGGAGGAGAUUCUUUGGACGGCUUGUGAACUUGAGGAUAAGUUUCAGAGUUGGCUUGCAUAUGAGGGGAUUUGUGACGCGGUGAAGGUCUACUGGGGUGCUGUCUUUGGGGUGGAUUGA